GCAACAGCAACCGCUCCCUCCUCGUCAAGCAUUUUGGCUACCGGCUCCGCACCCGAAACCCGCACCCUCCUCACGUUCCCUACUGAGGGCCUCCCAUCCCCGUGGAUCCUCUCCGAAGCCGACCUCCGCGCAAUUCCCGUGCGUUACCCAACCGGCUCUGCUCCCGCACAAGCGCAGAUCAACCGCUGGCUGUGCUGCCGCUGCGCCGAGGAGGGCUAUUUCGAUCCCGUCGGCAUGGUCCACUGCCCUUCCCCUUCCCCUCCACCCCGGCCACUCCCCGCCCAACCCCAACACCGCCGCCAUCACUGUCACCAACAUCCUGAUCACUCCAACAUCAGCCAUCAAGCCCACGAUCCGCACCAGCAUGAUCACCGCAGCAAUAAUUCCACCGCCACCGCCACCGGCGGCGUCAGCGGCAGCAGCAGCAGCAGCAGCGAGGAAGGCUUCGGCGUCUGCUGGCGCGCGAGCUGCCGGCACCGCAAGUGCGUCAACUGCGCGCUCUACGCCGGCCCGCUGGUUGGGGGCGGCGGCGGCGGCGGCGGCGCCAAGGCAAAGUUGCUGAUCCGGACGGUGGGCGGGCUGCAUGCGUCGCCGCGCUUCGUCGACCCCGUGUACUGGGAGUGCGCCGGGUGCGGCGAGUGGAUGCGGAACCGGUUCGACUCGCGGUGCACUCUCGGCCUGACGGGGUGUCGGAACGGGGCGUGUCCGUUCGCGUGGAAGGCGCUGCAGCUGCAGCUCGGUUUAGUGGGCGGGGGAGAUGCGGGAGGCCCGCCGCUUGGGGCUGGGGUGCUGAUGGCGGAGAGCUUGGUCAUGAAUCGAUAUGGGCAGCGGCUGGGCACGGCGGAUCAGAGGGUUGCGGUGGCAGAUGGCCCGUGGGAUUGGCAGCGGCGCGCGUUGGGGGAUGCGAGGUGUGCGGUUGUUGCUGGGCUGAGGGCGGCCAUGAGGAGGACGGGGGACGGGAUGCGGUUUGGUAGCAGCGCUAAUGAGAACGGUAGGAGUAUGAGUGAUAGGGAGAGGCUGUGGAAAGACGGGGGGCCGGUGCCGCACUAUCCAUAUCGAAGACCGCCGCCCCUGGAUGAGAAUGACGCCGAGGAAAACAAUGAAUAUGAGGGUUCGUAUCUGGCGGGGAUGUCGACGGAGCCGCUGGACAAGGGGAAAGGUGCGGAGCAGCAGUACACUGCUCCCAGUCGAAGUCCUCGGUUCUGCUCCACCCCGAGUCUUGUGGGCGCCAACCCGGUCCCCCUGGGUUUCUUUCCAGGAUGGAAUCGCAUU